AUGAACGGCACGUUUUACGACCAGCUGGGGGGUGUGGUUGGGUUGUUCGAGCAAUGGGGCGCUUGUGAGCGGACGGUGGUAGCGUGUGCUCUUGCCCGAAGAGUCCCUUGGCCUGGCCUCAAGUUGGUUCAGAGGGCCGUCGAGGCGGCCCUGCAGAGCCAUGUCGAGGACGAGCGGUCGGAGAGAGACGCCAAUGAUGAGACUUUCCUGGCGAGUCUCCUCGCCGCCCGAGCGGAAGAUGAUGACGAAGAAGACGAGGAACGCCUCCGGCAACUGCUGACCCUGGUCCCGCUAUUGCGUUCGGAUAACGAGCGCGCGAAGAGCGUGUACGUGGGCGCCGUGCCCGCGCUCGUGCAGCGCUGCGUGGACGCGCCGCGCCGCACCGCCACGCCGGCGCUGUGCCGCCAGCUGCUCGUGUACCUGCUGGCGCACCCCGCGCUCGCGAUGCACGACCAGAGUGCACUAACGCAAUGGCUACGCUAUUUAGAAAACCAUAUGUCAGGAAACAGAACGACGGAAUCGGUGUGGCAGCAAAGGAUAGACCCGUGCCUCCUACCAGACUCGAACAUAUGGGCGACCAACAACACUUUCAGACGGACCAUCGGCAAGAACGUCGACUUUAGACGAAUGCUAGACUCGGUAGACCAGACGCCUUAUACGGAUAUUUUGCAAGAAUCCUUCUCCAAGAACGGUAGAGAUGUAGACCUUAGUAUAGAUGGAGAUAUCCUGAACUUUGACCCAGCGGUCGCCCAACCCAAGUCCCAAAGAUCGAACAGUCUGACCCCGCCUUCGACUAAUUUCACUCACAUGUCAUCAUCCGCUGAGAAUUUGAGUGAUGAGCCCUUCGUCCAGAAACCUAGGAGCUUUUCUCUGUCCAGUGAGCACAGUUUGAGCCAGUUGCGACCGAUCAGUAUAAUGUACGGUACGACGGGCAGCGAGACGAGGUUGGAUGAUCUCAGAUCGAACAACUUUACGGAACAUCCGGGUAUGUCCACAGUGGCACAAUGGCUCAAGAGCCUGAGGCUACAUAAGUACGUGUGGCUGUUCACUAACAUCACGUACGACCAAAUGAUGGCGAUCGACGAGAAGUAUCUAGAAAAAUUAGGUGUAACAAAAGGUGCUAGACACAAAAUACUCUUAUCAAUAAAGAAGUUGAAUGAACGGGGAGCCAUAUUGGAAGGUAUCCAGGCGGAGUUGUCGUCGGGUGCGGGAUGCGUGCUACGCGCGCUAGAGCGACUGCGCGGCGUACUGCUGUCGCCCAUGCCGCCCGCCUCCGACCUGCCCGCCGCCGUAGUGGCCGCGCUCGACACUGGUAGCUACACCACACAACAACUGUCGCCAAUAGCGUCCCCGUCUCGCGUGUACUCCAGCGCGGCGCGCGUGGAGCCCGGUGCGCUCGACCCCGUGUCGCUGCACUGCUGGCUCAUCGAGAAGGCGCUGCACCACGAGUCGUUCAGCAGCCCCGAGCUGCAGGCGGCGCUCCGUCGGCUGCGGCACCGCCUGCCGCCGCGCCAGUUCUUCCACCUCGUGGGCGACGCGCCGCACCGCCGCCUCAAGCACAGAUGGCGCGCGCCGCAGGGCCCACUGCGCCGCUCGUGGGCGCCGCCCCCGCGCGGCAAGUCCCACUCGUACCCACCCUUCCGCCCGCCCACGCGCUGCCCCGCCCGCCCCCGCCGCCCUCCGCCGACGACUACUCCGGCCUCGACGCGCUCUGCCUGCAGAUGA